UAAGUUCAAGUGGAGUCCGUCUUUGCCGAUUCGAUACCGCGCACGACGGCUACGCAAUGGAGAGCGACUGCCAGUUCUACAUGUUCGGCGCCCCGCCGGUGGACGUCGACGAUGGGCACGGCCAGUUCCUCCUCCAGCAGCAGCAGCAGCUGAGCGGCGGCGGGGGCGGGGAGAGGAAGCGGCGGUUCACGGAGGAGCAGGUGCGGUCGCUGGAGAGCACGUUCCAGUCGCGGCGGGCCAAGCUGGAGCCCCGGGAGAAGGCGGCGCUGGCGCGGGAGCUGGGGCUGCAGCCGCGGCAGGUGGCCAUCUGGUUCCAGAACAAGCGCGCGCGGUGGCGGUCCAAGCAGCUCGAGCAGGACUUCGCCGAGCUGCGGGAACACUACGACGACCUCCGCGCCCGCGUCGAGGCGCUCAAGCAGGACAAGCUCACGCUCGCCGCGCAGCUGGAAGAGCUGAAGGAGAAGCUGAACGAGCGGCAAGACCAGAGCGCUAGCUCCGACGGCGGCGCCGUCGCCGAGGUGGACGACGACACGAGGAAUAACGUUUGCUGCCUCGUGGAGAGCGCGGCGACGGAGGCGGACGUCUCAGAGGACUCGGCCGCGGGAUGGUACGAGCACGACGACCACCUGGCGACAUACGGGGGUGGACUUCAGGAGCCGUUCUGCGCCACGCCGGAGCUGUGGGAGACGACAUGGCCGGUGCUGGAGUGGAACGCGGUAGCGUGAAUCAGCGAUCUGCAUAAAUCUCUGUGUACUCGUCU